AUGAAGAAGGGAGAUAGAGUUCAUUAUUCUCAUGUUUUAGUUGUCCCUUACCCCAGCCAAGGCCACAUUAACCCACUUCUCCAGUUCUCCAAGAGAUUGCUUUCCAAAGGCGUCAAAAUCACAUUGGCCAUCACCAGCAAUCUUGUCAACUCUAUGCAUGCACAAACUGGAGCUAUAGGAGUCGAGACAUUCUCCGACGGCUAUGACGACGGUCGCUUGCCAUGGACGGAAGGUAGAAUUGAAGAGUACUUUGAGCGCUCUAAGAUGGUGGGCUCACAGACCUUAACAGAACUCAUCAAGAAACAAGAAAGCUUUGGUGAUCCUAUAAGCUGUGUUGUUUACGAUCCUUUUCUCCCCUGGGUUCUGGAUGUGGCCAAACAGCUCAACUUAAUUGGUGCUGCCUUCUUCACCCAAUCUUUAGCUGUUUGCAGCAUUUACUAUCAUGUGCACCGGGGUCUACUCACACUACCAGUGGCCAGCACCAUCAUUUCCAUUCCGGGCUUACCACUGCUUCCAAUCAACGAUUUACCAUCUUUUAUUUCUAUAUACGGAUCGCGCCCAGCAAUACUGACCUUACUUUUAAACCAAUUUUCCAACAUCGACAAGGCAGAUUGGCUCCUUUUUAACUCAUUUGAUAAGCUGGAGCAGGAGGUAAUGAAUUGGAUGGCAAAGCAAUUGCCAGUGAAGACGAUCGGGCCAACCCUGCCAUCCAUCUACCUUGACAAGCGAGUCAAAGACGAUGAGGAUUUCGGCCUUAAUCUUUUCAAGCCAAGUGUAGAUGCUUGCAUGAACUGGCUAAACAUGAGGGAAACUGGAUCUGUUGUCUAUGUAUCCUUUGGAAGCGUUGCUGAACUCGGAGAUGAGCAAAUGAAAGAACUAGCUUCGUGUCUCAAGGAUAGCAAUUAUCAUUUCUUGUGGGUAGUGAGGCAAUCAGAGCAGAAUAAGAUUCCGACCAAUUUUGUGGAAGAGACUCUAGAGAAGGGAUUGGUGGUCUCAUGGUGUCUUCAGUUGGAGGUGUUGUCCCACAAGACUUUGGGAUGUUUUGUAACACAUUGCGGGUGGAAUUCAACGUUGGAAUCGUUGAGCUUAGGUGUACCAAUGGUGGGAUUGCCGCAAUGGACUGAUCAACCAACUAAUGCAAAAUGUAUUGAAGAUGUUUGGGAAAUGGGAUUGAGAGCUAAGGUGGAUGAAAAGGGGGUUGUAGUGGGGGAAGAGAUAGAAGCAUGUAUUAAGGAAGUUAUGCAAGGAGAGAAAGGAAAAGAGAUUAGACAGAAUAGUAUCAAAUGGAAAGAGUUUGCCAAAGAGGCAGUAGAUGAAGGUGGAAGUUCAGACAAGAACAUUGAAGAAUUUGUUGCUCUAUGUCAUGCCUCUUGAAGGUUUCUGUUCCUUUGUAUUUUUAUUUUGUUCAAU